AUGACUUUAAUAGAUAUACCUAAAGUAAUAUUAAAAGAAAAAUUGAAUAUCUAAUUUUUUAAAUUUUUAGUUGGCUUUACGUCUAUAGAUAACAGGUUUAUUUAAUGUGAGACUACUUCGCUGAAUAUAGUUGAAAUGAAGGUUGAUUUAAAAAAUCAAAAAAUUUUGAAAAAUGACAGGAAAAAUACUUCUUUAAUAGGAUAAAUUUAGUUCUGGUGUGGUUUGAGUGGAUCUUUAUUUGAAAAUUUAAAUAUAAGCGGAAUGAUAUAUGGAGCUUAGUUAUUUUAUUGCAAAUGGAAAACUUAAAGAUAGAAUUACAUAAAUUAAAUGGAUAUAGGCAAAACAUAAUUUGUUUUGCUGUUCUUCAAAUGGUAAUUACUAAGAUGCAUGUGGUUACGAUUAAACCAUUUAAUUUUGGUAUGAGAAUGGGAGAAAGAAAAUCUGUAUUUUUAGGAAAUAAAAUGGUUAAACUGUCUGUCUAGUGGCAAAUUUUUUUGUUUAUGGAAUUGUAAGACAAGAAAGAGAAAAUCUAGACUUGACGGUCAUAGUUAUAAUUUCAUUACAGUCUGUUUCUCUUCUGAUUGUAUGGGAUUAGCAUCUGGGAGAUUUGAUAAAUCUAUCUGCAUCUGGGAUAUUAGAACAAGAGAAUAAUAAGCAUAUUUAGGUGGUCAUACUAAUCGUGUCAUGUCAGUCUGUUUUCACCUGAUGGUACUAUGUUAGCCUCUGGUAGUGAUCAUAAAACUAUUAGGUUAUGGGAAGUUGAGAAUGGAUGAUAAAAAGUCAUAUAGCAAAUAAUUGUAACAAUAUUAAUCAUAACGAUAGUUUGGUGUUAUUACAAUUGUUUUGA